UGAACACAUGCGUAGACCUUUGUCUGGAUGUUGUUUACACCGUGUAGAGAAUACUAGGCCUAUGUAAGAUGAACAGAGAUAACAGAUUAGACCGAUUUCUAGACCAAAGAAGAAAGGACAGAAGUAUGCAACGAUUUCUGGACAAAAUCAAAACAGGGAGCAGACCACACAACAUCCUAAUACUGGGCCCCUAUGGCGCCGGAAAAUCGUCGUUCAUUAAUACAAUAUCAACCAGUUUUUCCGGAGAAUGGGAACCACAUGCAUAUGCCGGAAAUCUGGGAGAUGUUGGAAGUCAGACGACAUUUCAUAUCCGAACAUUCAAUCCCAAGUGUUGCAUGACCGGAAACAAUAGGCAUAACAAUUAUCCAACCCUGAUCGACACACAGGGCUUUGACCAUAAUGUUCAGGACGUUCACAGGAAGUUGCUGGAGUGUCUUCUGAAUGGCUAUUUGAGUGACGGCGAGAGCAUCAAGAAAGCUGCUGAAGUUUACGAAGAUUUCAAAAACUCUGGGUUACAUGGAGAAGAAGGACUGCAAGCAGAGUAUGCAUUUUUUCCGAAAAGAAAAAUAAAGAUUGACAGAGUAAUCUUUUUAGCCUCCGCUGUGACAGAUCCUCCACUGGAACUGCUAGACCUUGUAAGAACGACAACCAACUCUCCGAAAAGAGCUAUACCUCUAUAUGGAGUUCUCACUCACAUGGACAAAGUUGGUGGGAGACAAAGAGCCUUUGACAAAUGUAAACAAUUAUUCAAGUGUCAUCUAGGGCUAACCAAUGAAAGAUUUCUGGAAUGUACAAAUUACUGUGAUGACCUUUAUUCAAAUGAAUCUGGUCAAAGCCAUCCAAGUUCAUUAGACAUCGAUAUUCCUGUUAUCGAAUUUAUGACUGAGGUUUGUAAUCCUGUUACAAAAGCCAUUCAUCACGAGGAGACGCAGAGGUGCAACCCAUGUCUUAAAGCUGGAAUUGUCAUGUUCUCCGUGUUUUGUCUCGUUUUUGUAGCCAUCAUUUUGGAAAGACCUAGCGAUUUCAAUUUCAAACUGUUAUACAGUUUUUGGACCUGAGUAAAGUGAUUACUUCAUACUAUCA